CACACACAGCCCCAUGUCAGCACAGCCUGUGCGCUCCGCAUGCGCUCUGCCCGCACUGCAGAUUGAAGGCAGCAGAUCCCAGCCCGGGGCAGAGCGAUCUCCGCGGACCGCCGUCCAUGGCCCCGCAGUUGCCCUUUGAUGUUUCCCAAAGCUGAGCUCAACAGGAAAAUAUGCCUUUGGUAAAAAGAAAUAUAGAACCCCGGCAUUUAUGCCGAGGAAUAGUGCCAGAUGCAGUCACCAGUGAGCUGGAAUGCGUCACCAAUAGUACGCUUGCUGCCAUAAUAAAACAGCUGGGUAGUCUAAGUCGACAUGCAGAGGACAUCUUUGGGGAGCUUUUUAAUGAAGCAAACAGUUUCUAUAUGAGGAUGAAUUCCCUGCAGGAGAGAGUGGACUUACUUGUCAUCAAAGUAACUCAGUUGGACUCCACUGUGGAGGAAGUUUCAUUGCAGGACAUUAAUAUGAGGAAAGCUUUUAAAAGCUCCACAGUGCAGAAUCAACAAGUGGUGUCUCGGAAUUCCAUACCAAAUCCAGUUAUGGAGAUGUACCAACGAUGUGACAAGCCUCCACCUCUUAAUAUUCUCACCCCUUACAGAGAUGACAAGAAAGAUGGCCUCCGAUUCUACACUGAUCCUUCAUACUUCUUCAAUUUGUGGAAGGAGAAGAUGUUACAAGCUACUGAGGACAAACGGAAGGAAAAGAGACGACAGAAGGAACAGAGGCAGGUGGAAGAUCCAACCCGAGAGGUGAAGAAGGUUCGAAAAGCCCGGAACCGAAGGCUAGAAUGGAACAUGAUGGCAUAUGAUAAGGAGUUCAGGCCAGAUAACAGGUUCUCACCAUCUCCAUAUCAUGUGACUUCAUCCGAGGGAUCACUUUCCCCUGAUAAUAGGUCAUAUGCUUCAGAACUCGAUCACUCAUAUCCUGCAAGCCCAAAUCACCCUACUCAACAGAUCCUGGCUGCUGUCCCUCACCUGACCCCAGAAAACAAGGAAAUUAUCCUGAUGGCCAGUCAAGCACAAGAGCAUGGCUACCGUUCCUCUGCUCCGGGUAGUCGACAGAACAGUCUAAACAGAGCCCAGCAAGCUCAUGCCCCACAGCCCCCAGAAGCCAUUCUUAAUGGCCCUCGUCCUCAAGUCCUGAAAGAUUAUAGUGGUCAACAGGUGCCAAUGACAGAAUAUUUUGUUCCUCCUGCUCCCCCACCGCCACCUCCUGUUAUCCCAUCUGCACAAACAGCAUUUGACAGUCCAAUUUCUGCCCCUGCUUCUGUAGCUCCUAAUGUAACUGCUUCUUAUACUCCUACCCCUCCUCCAGCCCCACCCUGUCCAUAUUCGGGUUCUCCUCCCCAAACUAUAUCCAUGGGACCACCAGUUGCUCCCCCGCCACCUCCACCAGGCCCUCCAACUUUCACAGCUUCUCCUGCUCACACUGCUUCACCUUCCACUGUCACUGUGGAGCCAAGAAAACCUCAGAUCCCACUCAUGCCUAUAAGUGACGCGAGGAGUGACCUUCUGGCUGCGAUUCGCAGAGGUAUUCAGCUUCGGAAAGUUCAAGAACAGAGAGAACAGGAAGCAAAAAAAGAGCCUGUGGCCAAUGAUGUGGCCACCAUCUUAUCUCGCAGAAUUGCAGUCGAAUACAGUGAGUCGGAUGAUGACUCAGAACUGGAUGAGAAUGAAUGGUCUGAUUAAGGAUUUGGAUUUCCUGUUUACUGAAUUGUUUAAACCCACAUUGUCAAUGUCAAUUCUCAGUAGGUCUCUGCAAAUAACAUGGUGUAACCCUCAGCCACCAGUAUCACUUAGCUCUGCCUGCUUAUGUCUAUGGAUACCUACACAGUUCAAACUCUGCACUAAUAAGCCAAAACUUCUGUCUUUGAAUAUGGUCAAGUAAUGUGGUCUUUUUAUUUGUGAGCCAUAGUAAUGAUUUAUGAUAUGAACAAAGAUACAAAUUUGCACUCAAGGUUACAAAAUCGACACAUUCGACUGAUUCUUUUUUACUCUUGACAUGUAUGACAAUGCAGGACUGGACACUCCAGCACAUUAACCUUUGCACAAGCCACGGGUCUUUUACACAUAAUAUUCCCUAGGAUUGCUGAUUGUCUGGAAUAUUAGGAACAAAUAAAUCCCGGAACUCAUUUUCCCACAUUUCCAGUUCAUAUUCUAGGAUUAUAUGAUUAAAAGAAUGAAUGGAAAAAUGUUUUUUUAGUGCCUAAAUGUGAAUUUGGCUCCAAACAACAGAAACCCCAGAAUAAUGGGCAAAUAAGCAGUGUACACAGCCAGCCAGAACUAAUGUAUACUACACUAAACCAAAUAUCUAGCCAGUAUGAUCUCACAUCACUGCAGGGUUAUCUUCUUUUUAAAGUGUGACAGGGAAGAGUCAUUUCUGUUUAAAGGGAAACUAUUGUGGUUUUGUGUCAAUUCUUUUAAGCUGCUGUUUUGUUUUUGUUCUUCAGCAUCUAUAUUAAAUCAUUAUUAUUAAAUCAUUAUUUGCAAAUAGACAAAGCUGUGCAGCAAAUGUGGCAUUUAAAUAGUUGAGACAAACCAUUUAACUCUGACAGGGGUGCUUACUAAGUCAGCUUUUAUUCACUUAUGUAAGGCUGCUUUCCCACCGAGGCGCUUGGUGCGCUGGCGGUAAAGCGGCCCUAUUUUUACCAUCAUGUUUGCCCUGAUUUUCAGGCUCUAGCGGGGAGAUUUUAACCCCCGCUAGUGGCAGAAAAAGGGUUAAACCCGCCCGCAAAAACGCUGCAUUGAUUUCAAUGGACAGGGGCGCUAUAGGAGCGGUAUUUUUACCGUGCCUCAAAUAUGCGGCUGGCAGGACUUUUUUUAGCGUCCCGCUAGCGCAACGGAGGGCUUUCACACUGGAUAGAAAGGAGCAGAUCUUUAAUGGCGCUUUGCACCCGCAAUUUUUAGUGCAAUAGCGCCUGCAAAGCGCCUCAGUGUGAAAGCAGCCUUAAUCCUUUAUUCCAAAAGG